CUCCACUAAAUCCUCAGUUGGGAAGGUGAAAUUCCCACUUUCUUGCUGGUUUCUGUAAUCUUCAUCUGAAGUGGAGUCUGAUCUAUCUGGAGAUUAAGACAUGCAUGUUGAAGAGAUUUCUUAGCAUUGCUACAGCAAAGAAAAGGCAAAAAGGGAUAGGUAAGAACAAACCCGGCAGUUUAGAGUGAUAGAUUGAUAUGCCGUUGAUCGCCCCUAGAUCGAUAACCCCAAAUCCCUUUUUGCGAUAAGCAUCGCAUUCCUCUUUGUUCCCCUUCCACCUUUACCUUCAUUUUCACCUUUACCUCUACCCUUUACUCUUGAUCCUUUACUCACUCUAUCCUCUUCCAGCCUACUAUCUUCUACUCGCCUCCCUUCUCCUAUUGUUCCUACUCCUUCCUGUGCCCACUUGGCCCCUUCCCAACGCAGAGUGAUCACCAUCUUGCAGCUCCCUAGCCUCUUAGCCAAUCCUGGCCUCGCUGUUCGUGCUUUUGCGUCGGCCAUUGUUUCCGAACGAGCCCGUCUCCCCACGAUCGCUCGCUAGUCAGAUUGGCGCCUUUCUGCGCUGUCAGCUGUCGCAAUCAGGAUCACCUGAUUGUUGGGUCGCCACUCUUCCAUAUACAUCGGUAAUUGUCUGUGGCGGACUCAUCUCUAUCUUCCGAGUCUUCUGAAACGCCAAUAUUGACAUCCCUCGACUCGAUUUCGAGUCAUUGUCCGCGCGAGUCACCGCUGCAGCAUCGUGGCUGCAGCCCUUCCUGCUGGACUGACUUUCCUAUCUCCAACCGUCAGCUUGACCGACAUUUGGUUUUAGAGAGAUACGGUGUAUUGUGCUUUCGACUGUGGUGCGACAUCGCCCUCACAUUCUCCCUACGAUAUCCUCUACUCCCCUCGCUUCCCCCGUCUCGCUCGUCGGCCCCCGCUGUCUACAAUCCUGAAACGGCUGAAGGAUUCCCGGCCUCAAUCGCUGGUGGUAAUGUUAGCGUCCAUCCCACAAAUGGAGACUCUUCACUCUUUGCCUCGGAACCAGGACGUUCCGAUGCGACAGCCGUCAGCGGAGGACUUGGAUGCUGCUCAGCAGUUGAUCUCCUCGGCGCAGGCGGGUCGUGAACAUAUGGCAGAUCACUACAGAGAGGAUUCGACGGCUCAGGAGUCUGGUCAGUCUGGACCAGAUCGAUGGGGACACAAUGAUCUUCCAGGCGAGAAAACAUCACCAAGCGGGCAAAAAAGCGUUAUUUUCGUAGGACAUUCAUGCAGCAAUUGCGGUACAAAAAGCACGCCACUUUGGCGUCGUUCCCCGACAGGAGCGAUGAUCUGUAAUGCCUGCGGACUUUAUCUCAAGGCUCGCAACGUCGCCCGCCCCACGAAACGGAAUCGCAUGCAACCAGAAGGCGGCGAAAAGCCGGCUCCUCCCGCUCAUGUCAAUCCCGAUGGUUCCGCACACUCUGGAGGUGGAUGCAAGGGCUCAUGUCCUGGUGGUGGAAGCUGUAAUGGUACCGGUGGUGCCGAGGGAUGCGACGGAUGCCCAGCUUACAAUAAUCGCAUCUACAAGUCCGCACCCCGAGGAACCACCGCCAUUCAAUCUUCAUGGGGACGUGCUCCAGCAAAUGAGCCUGGACCCGCGCCGAAAGAGGAGCCACCAGUGAAGGUUCCCGCUUCGAACGAUGGAAAUAAUACUCUGGUUGCUUGCCAAAAUUGUGGGACGACUGUGACUCCUCUUUGGCGACGCGACGAACAGGGUCACCCGAUUUGUAACGCUUGUGGAUUGUACUAUAAGCUCCAUGGAUGCUAUCGGCCCACGAAUAUGAAGAAGUCUAUCAUCAAACGUCGCAAACGUGUUGUUCCUGCCCUACGAGACCAGUCUCCCACCGCUGCCACCCAGUCAUCCAAUGGCUCUUCCGCGUCUCCAGAAGCCUCGCCUGCUGCCUUGGCUCAUAGCCACGACGAUCAUUAUCGAUAUAUGAGCAACGAGCCCAUGGAUCAUUAUCACAUGAUGCCUGGUAAAACUGAAGAUGCACCCCGACCCAUAUCUUUCGCGCCGCCACCGGUCGAUUUCACCGGCUACAAUGUCUCAUCUGUGCCUCCUCAUGGCGCUCCUACCUCGCACGGUCUACCAAUGCUGCUGGGAGUAGAACGUCUGGGUCACUCCCCCCGAACCUUGGCAGAGACAGCCGCGGAAGCCCUGCCAGUCCCCAACACUCUGGAGGCAGGGUCAAAUCAGCUACCUCCGAUCAUGUCCUCGGCUAACCCCACCCCACCCGGCCGGCUUAGCUCCAUCUCAUCCAUCCUGAACCAGCCCGAUGUUCGCGGCGAAGCCCGUUCAGAUCCCAACCUGAACAGGCCCCAACCCCUCCACCACUCUGUGUCUCCCGCGCCUCAUACCCCGCAACCAUUGCCUGGCAUUGCAUCUCUCGGUGACUCGGUAGAUCGCCGUGCUAGACUAGAACGCGAAGCCGAGAAUAUGCGCGAGGCACUCCGAGCCAAGGAGCGUGAGUUGGCCGCGAUGAGGCGGUAA